ACAGCGACGGUUCGGUAUCAUAAGCGUGUGAAAAAAUCAUAUAAAAUUGAAAAAACCAUUAAGUAGAAGAAACUUGGCCGAAAGUGCACCGAAUACGGUGUGAAACAAGUUUUAUUUUUUUACAUAUAUUCGCAAUUUGACUUAUUGGUAUCAAAAAAAGCGUAUAGGAAAAAAUUUCUACCGACAAGAGCUAAUUAUCGUAAUAAAAGUUAAAAAAAAUAACACUGUGUGUGAGUGACUUCAUUUUUUUAUUGUUCUUUAUGUGUCUGGCGUACUUGAACGAGACACUGAGCAUAGUUAAACAAGGCACAGAACCAGUUAAGAGCAACCACGCAUUUUGCCGUACAGAACUAUUAUUUAAAGAAUAAAUACAACCUGCAACAAGAAAGCUCGCUAAGAGAAAAGAAGAACGCAUAUCAGCGAAAAAAUUAGAGCGUGAACUGGCCAGCAAUGGUCACUAUCUCUUUCACCACAUGAACACUGAAGGAAUUGAGUUGAAAAUCACACGCAAAGAAGAAGAAGACGAAGAAGAAGAAGAAUUCAGUAGCUCACCAAACGUUCCGACUAGUUAGUUAGUUAAAUAAAUGCAAUGCGCGUGUAGCGUAAAUUAUUAUUAUGAUAAUAAAUUAAACUUGCCAUUAAUUUAGCAGCAAACGAAGAACAAGUAGAAGAAAUAGAAGAAGAAGAAAAAACACAGAGAAGGAGAUUGAAUCGCAAAGCAGGAAACGCAAUCACAAGUGGAAAAAUACAGCAGCCGAGUGAAACUAAGUGUAAGAAGUUAAAAAGACAACAACAACAACAAAAAGAACGCAUAAAAACUACAACAACAAAAACGCACAACGCAUACCAAAUCAACGCAUUGUAGCAUGCAACACUAAGAAUACAUACAUUUAUAUACAUACAUAUAUAUAUAAAUAUAUAUAUACAUAUAUUUUAUGCUGAAGUGUAAUUGAAAACAAAAACUAAAAUGGAAGUAGCAACAACAAAUAAUCAUCAUCAUCACAAUCAACCUCAUCAUCAUCUUGGUCUCAGUCGUCUUGGUCAUCAACUGCAUCACCCAGCACAUCGUUUGCCAAUGGCUAAGCACCAACAGCAAUCGCAAGCACAGAAACCACAACAGCAACAACAACAAAAUAAUAAUUGCCUCACAGUCAGCACAGCAGCGUCAGCGACGGCGGCGGCGGCGGCGGCAGUGGCAACAGAUAAUAGCAAUAAUAAUAGCGGUUCGCCACGUUCCCCCUUCCAACGUGAAGUGCGCGAAUGGCAACGCAUCGAUCCAGAUACGGGAGCUUUGCUUAGUGGCCGUUUAGAGGCCGAUCGUUGGAUUAAUGGGCCGUUGAAUAGUUACGGAAAGAUAUCCGAUUCCCAAAACAUCUCACAACCGAACGGCACCCAACACACACAGCGCAAACAGCUCGAAGUGUUGCAGAAGCGCACCCCCAACGGUGCCGUUCAAGUAAUACGCGCCCAAACCGUACAAACCUCCUCAUCCCGCUCAUGGUCCUCGUCCAAUUCCAAUUCCGCCUCAACAUCUGCCUCAGCUUCCGCCUCCGCAUCACCCAUUUGCAUGACGACAAAUAAUGUUGGUGGCGGACGUACUACUAGUAUAUUACACAAUCACAACAGCACCACCAACAACAACAACAACAACAACAGCAAACAUUUUCAUAAUACACUGCAACAGCAUUUAGCUGAGGCAAACACUCAUUGGCUGCAACUAUCACCGCCAACCAUCGCCACCACUGUGGAUAUCAGCGAAGUGAGCACAGAUGAUGAUCUCGAAAAAGCCGCAGCAGCAGCGGCAGCAGUAGCAGCGGCAGAGACAGCUGGCGAAACACCAUACAUUGUUGACGAUGGCGAGAUCGAUGAUAAUGAUGGUGAUGGCGGCGACGACAGUGCCGAGGCAAACGCUAAUGCAGAGCCAUGCAAUUAUUCAAUUAGUCGCAGUGGCAGUGGAGCAAGCGGCGGCGGAGGUAGUGGUAAUGGUAGUGGCGGCAGCAACAGCAAAGGUCACAUACUGCACAGCAACAGCAACAACAACAGUGCAGCUCUACUGUCAAAGCCACUGCCUUUGUCGUCAUCAUCAUCAUCGUCGUUGUCGUCGUCGUCAUCGAAGACAUUGCAUUCACAGUCGUCAGCGUUGAUAUUGCACGAUACGGCGCCAAGUUUGAAAUUGAGCAAUCUUAUGAAAAGUAGCAGCGGCGGCAGCACUAGCAGCAGCAGCAACAAUUCUACAACAAUGAACACCCACCCAGCUGUUGUUGGUAAGGUGAGCCUACAUACAAUUGUUGGCGGGGACAGCAUUCGAACCAACAACGACACAACAAAGUCACCAAAAAGUACGUCGAAAAGUUCAAAUGAAGCAGUGACUGGUACAAAAACAUGGCAGCCGCACCAGCAACAACAGCAGCGUAGCGCUCGUCAUCUGGAACAAGCUACUCUAUAUGGCCAAAACAGCAAUUCAUCCAAAACGCGCGUAGGCGUUGCUGAUUGUGAUGAUUGUUAUGCGGCUGGAGUUGACGCAGAUGAUUCGCCGUUGCGCUACCAACACCAGCACCAACACCGCCUUCGAUCGACACAACAGCAACAACAGCAACAACAGCCAGCUGGUAAAUUAAGCGAAACUACACCAACGCGUCGACGUGACUUGGAAAGUUUCCGGCAUUAUGGUGUUGGAACCGCAGCAGCCACAGCUACAUUUGACGCGGAGCAGGCGGGCGCGACAGCGGCGACGUUUGACAACGCCAAAGACGAUGAUUUACGCUUAUCUACACGGCAACUGCGUCGUCAGCAACAACCGUUUGGUGGUCAGUUAUUUGGCAACGGGCGUGAGCUCCAACGCUCACAUUCCAUCUCUACGGACGAUCUAAGCAACGAAUGGGAGACGAACGAAGCUGUCGCCGAGUCCAAUGAGUGGCGUAGGGUCAGUAAGUUGCGUCGCUCUUUUCAAUCCUCCUCCUCGACAAAUAAUAGUUCCAGCACUAGCUUGGAUCAGUCAGCACAGCAACAAAUUUCCAACGCUGUGCGUCGUCCUUAUGAUCUACCAGCUAGUUCCGUAAGCGUCUCACGCAUACGCGCGGAAUUGGAGAGUGGACGUCGGCUAACAACAGCAAUGCGUAAUAAUCACGUGGAUCUGGCAGCAUUGGAGAGCAUACUACAUGGUCCAGAAAAAACUGCAAACGACAAUAAACGCAAUACACUAUUGACUGCGGAGUCGCUGAAGGAGAUACGUGGUCGACUGAAGAAACUAUCGGAUGAGUCAUUGUAUAAAGACGAUUUCAUCGCCUACCAACAACCGCCGGCCGCUGAUGAGCACAUAGAAGUGCAUCAGAGUGUGCGCCGUAAAGUAUCAACGCCACGUUUGCGCCAACUAACACCAGAACAGUCGCCAGAGAUCUCAACGCCAACAUCAAAAUCAAUAGCAACAACACAUAAGUCGGCUUUCAAAGUAGUGGCUAGCACACAACCCGAUCACACGACGGAGAGCGACGCUUUGGCGCCGCGCAAUAAACAUACCUCCCACAGCUUGGAAACACGUCAAAAAGCGAAAGAUACAAGCUCAACAGAGUGGCAUUCGCGUCGUAAAUCUUAUGGUUUCGAGAAGAUGUCGCCACCCGAUAGUAAGUCUAUGUUUCGCAUGGAUGCGUCUACGGAUAGUGGUCUCGGUCGCUCAGGUGAAUUGGGCAAUUGGUCGCCAACCGAGUCAGCGCCAGCUGCUGCACGCGCCACAGUCAUACAUUUCGGUGAGCCAGCCAAGACAGUUACACAAGCACAUUAUCGCGCCGGAAAGUCACCGGUACGUCGUACACCCGAUGAGGAUUUGCUCAAACGUCAUUCGAUCGCUGUGGAUGAGAGUCAAUAUGUGCGUGAUAAUUUACGUAAGACCUCACAAGUACAUCUGAAUGGUUUCUAUGAGCCCAACGAGGCAGGCGCCAAAUCCACAUUACAGCUAAAUCGUUACGACAGCAAUACGGAAAGUAAUCCAUUCAAUCUCGCCAACUCUACGCACUCCUCACUAUUUCAACGUACGCAGAAUGCACACAAGCGUGUUGAAUUCUGCAAGACCGAGGUACAUUUCGCUGCCGAGUCGGGACGCGUCAACAUUGUCGAAACGGAUGGAAAACCACCGCCAACGAAUAAUUUUCGGCGCCGUCGCCGCACCACAAGUGGUCCAUUACAAACUCUUACCAAGUCUGUUAACGCUGUCGGCGAAAGCACAUCUACAACAACCGCCAGUAAUAUAACACAUUUCGGUGAUGAUCGUGAGCAACGCCAUCGCACGAUCGCCAGUUCUUUGGUAGCUUAUAAAGCUACUCUCAUGGAAACUUCAGCAGAAGGCAAUGAGACACAAGUAAUGCCGGCCACAACAAAUGUCACUGUAUCAGUGCAAAGAUCGAGUGAUACGCAAGCUGAGGGUGCACGUGGCAGUUAUGCCUCCACAACGAGUGGCGUCGAUACAACGGAUAAUGAGAAUGACGAAAUCGCCGCAAUACGUGGUAUACUCAAGAACAAACCUGUGAAGCCCAAGCCAUACCAUCUGGGUGAGAACAUCGAUAGCGCGGAUGCGCUAUGGGGCGUACAACUGAAACCUGUAGGAGGUGGUGGUGUAGGUAGUGGAAUGUUACGCGAUAAAGAAGAUUCGCCGUCUACUGUACUAAAUAAGUCCGUGGCGGAGCGCGUACGAAUUGUCGAGAAACGUCACGAAAUUGGCGCUCAGAAUGGUUAUUCUACUAAAAUUAAUUUAAAUUUGGACGAACCAACAGCAUCAGCACGCGAUUGGCCAAGCGCAGGUGCUCCCAAACUAAUGCCACUCACUGACAACAAACCCAUACCCAAUGCCACCAAUCGACGACCCAGCGCACAAGAGCUAAUACUACAGGACCUCCGUGAACACCAACGUGUGCUGGACGAGGGACUCAAGUCCACAUCGCUUAUUAUCAAAACAAUGCGUUCGGCGAAUGAAUUCGACGAGGCAAUGCGUCGUCUUAGUAUAGCUUCACUGGAAUCGGCCACCAUGCCACCGAUUGUCGUACCUACACCAAUGUUGCGCUCGAAUAGUUAUCAAGAGACUGUACGUCGUUACUCCAACACAUCUCUGGAGGGUACGGAGCGCGAGCUAACAACGCAAACUGUUGUUAAUACAAAAUGCGCCUCGACGCUGACUGAGACCACUACGACAACCACAAGCACUAGCCGUAGAUUGUCUUUUGAAAGUCAAAGCGCCUUCGUGACACCACUAAAUCUACCGCCAACGCCACUUGUGGCACCACGUUUGAGGUUACUUGGAAACACGGAUGUGUCAGUGAGUCAGCAGCUAUCGCAGCUACGCCGCAUGUAUGAUAUCGCAGCGACACAGCAACACGAUGAGGAGGAUGCUGCCGACAGUGCAGAUGAGGAGGUGAAGAGCUACUUUUGCCCAAAGGUACACAAUGAGCAAAGCGACAGUGGUGGCGGCACUUUGGAGAGCUCUUCGCAGGAAGAUGAGCGUGCCGUAGAAUACUCUAGCGGCAGUUGGAGUCGCAUGAAGGCUAAGCGCACGAUUUGGAAGAUUGAGGCGGAAGAGCGUAAGGGCGCUUCACUGACAGUGUUGGACAAAGCAGAUUUACCGAAAUCCAACAUCAUGAGCAUUGAGUUACAUUCACCGCAAAUUUCAUUAGAAAAACGUGACUCCUUUAAACGUAACCAAACCCCGCCCGUGGCCAAGCCAAGAACUGCGACAAAUGCUCCCAUCUCAGUUGAGCAACAACAAAUACAUAUAGCUACAAGUGUCAAACAAACAGCUGAUCGCUUUUUACCAACCGCUGAGCAACGUGAAUCACUGAGGAUUGUAAAAGAGGCACGAGGUGCACGCAAACUACGCGAACAUGAACUUUCUUACUUUGGCAUUGCAAAUGCUCAGAAACACGAAGCACACGAGUCAAGAUCGAAAUUACACUCGAAUACGAACGCUAACGCAAUGAGUACAUCGAAGCGUACGCUACCGUCACGUCAACGUUUAACUAUAAUUGGUAAUGACGACGAAACGAAACCGAUGCACCGACACGAAGGGCAUCAUGUAGAUAAAACGAGCGAUCUGACACAAACGAAAGCCCAAAACGCGGCAACCAAAUGGCAGUUAUUGAAUGACAAACCCGAUUUACUACGACACAGUCCGAUUGCUGUGGAACCACAAUUAAUACGACUUACUGGUGACGUGCAAUCAAGUGAACGUAAUAGCGCAUCCGUGGAGCGCAAGAUACAUGAACACUCUAAAGACUUUAGGUUAGAAGAUGAGCAUGUUAAAGCUGAAGAUGAACCUGAUGACCACUACUAUGAAAACAUAACGAAUGAAUUAACGCCAGUCUUCAAAGUGAAGUCACCACAACCGUACGAUCGAAAAAUGGAUGUGGAACGUGAUGCGUAUAUACUGAGCGAGAUGAAUGAGAAUGCCGAUCUAACUAUGAAGGCGCUCUCCGAUGAAGCUGCCCAUAAAGACCGGCGACGUCGACGAUCGUCGCUCCAUCGACGCGAUUCCAAGCCUCUCGAAACAAUCGAGGAGAAAAUGAUCACCCACAAGCCGACCGACACGUGCAUUGCAGUAAAAAUGUCACGCGGUACAUUAGCCUCCGAAGCAAAACGUAGCACCGCACGACACACUGCGUCCUCUUCACCAAGCGCACACGAUGCACACACACGCGUGCGUACCUCUUCACAAUCGUCGGUAGAAAGUUCUCCUCGUGCACGAUCCCGUUCACGCUCACUCUCUAGCGAACGUGAAUAUGAGAAUAUACGCACAUCAAAACCAACGCGUAACACAACACUUGCAGCAAAGCAGCAAUCCAAAAUCACUGGCAAGCAACACCAUCGCUCCAGUUCACGUGAAUCGCAACGCUCGACAAGACUACCAUAUUCUUCGGGUGAUGAGGUUACACCACGUGAGGAACAACGUGUGCGCAUGAAGAGUAAACGCAGCGCUGCUUCUUCAAGCAAUGCAGUGGCCAGUCGUAGUGGAGAAAGGCGCAACAACAGUAGUGCUAAGCAAAAAGAUAGCACUUCGGAGCGCCAUCGUCAUCACCAUCAGUCAGCAACAACAACAAACAGUAGAGAUUCAGAGCAACGGCGUCGUGCGGCCAGCAGCACUACGCAUGCCUCUCAGCGAGAGGAACGCGCUGAGUGCGUGACUGUGCCGCCAGAGCAACAGCGUAACCUGGCCAGCAGUGGACGGCGUAGCAGUAGCAAACGCCGUGAAGAGCAAGCGACGCACACAAUCAGCAAUACUGCGGUUGGUAGCAGUGAAAAACACUCUUCAAGCUCACGUAGCGUAGUAGAGAAAUCACGCAACGCCAAUGCCGGUGUACGGCUGUUCCGUUCGUUACGUGGCGGACGUACUGAUGACGCUAAAGCACAUAGUAUGGAGCAUCGCACGUCCGGCCAUGGUACGACUAGCGAACGUGAGAAACUCGAACGUGAAAAAGAAAAACAGUCCAAAUCGCGAGGUCACUCCACCAGCAAAACUCAACACCACCACAGCAGUAGCGAACACCAACGUGCACCCGUCCAUAGCGAACGAGUGUCCAGCAAAACUCACGAACGCAAAAGCACAACCUCAAACGCAGCCGAGAAGUCAAAUGAACGAGCCACAACACCAACACAUAGUAAAAGCUCGCAAGUUAUAAAUGGACGACGAACUGGACAUCACGCUGAGAGUGGCCAUCACAAACAUAGCGACGACCAUAGCCGAAGUCAUACACGGCACUCACAACACGACGGCACAACGAGGAAGUCAACGCAAGUCAGAAAGCGUAGUGAACAUAGCAGGCGAGAGCGUAAAUGAGUUACGAAGCAUUAAUGUGUGACUCCAUCGUUGAAAUAAAAACAGAGUUUUUGAGCAGCAUUUAAGAGAACAUACGCAAUGCAUUCAGGCUUGCCUGUACUUUGUAAUAAAUAUAUUUAUAAAGUUUAUCUAAGCAGACAUUGAAUUUAUUUAGUGAUCAACUAUAUUGGGAAUAUGUACAUGCUCAUAUAAACUACAAGCAAUAUGCCUUUAAAGUGUACUAGCUUAUGAAAUAUUUUCUACGUAAAUGCGUGUUUUAAGCGCCUGAAAAUAUGUUUACGAAUUUUUCUAUGAUUUUUGUUUUAGUUUUUCUUUUUGUCUACAUGACACAUGACACAUGACUAAUUACAAUGUUAACUAAACAUACUAAGACUUAAUACAAUACAUAUAUGUAUUUAUGGCGGUAGCAAUUAGUUCCUCUUUCUUGUCUGCCAAAAUUCCAAAUUUUGUAUGUAUUUAAAAUAUUUAAAGAAGAAAGCGCAUAAAAGUUGCACUAUUCGUUUAUAAUUUACGAUUAAAUAUACUAAACACUGCUUUGGUAGGUUAUAAGCGAUAAAAACGAGUAUUAAAAAUUGUUGACUUUAAAAAAAAAAGUUUACUAAUUUCAACUAAAAAGAAAAAUAAAAAUACGUUUUAAUAUUUUUCCUACAACGAAACUAAACACAUAUUAAUUUAUUAAGUUAUUCGAUAUUCUAUAACCACAAAUGAUACUCAUAUAUUUCGAUUUUCGUUCUUUUUUUAAUUUUUUUAGUAAUAUAAGCAUUUGCGCUUCAAUUGAAUUUGUUGCGUUAAAUACCCUUCAAUUCAAUCGAAAAUUUAUUUCUUGUAUAUUUUUUUUUUUUUGCAAAUGUUUUUAAUAUU